AUGGCGGCUAAGCUUCGAUUUAAUUACACAAAUAACAUGGCCGAAUACGAAGCUUGUAUUCUUGGUUUAAAAAUGGCCAACGACAUGAAUGUCUAUGAGUUGUUAGUUAUUGGAGACUCAGAUCUUUUGAUUCAUCAAGUUCAAGGAGAAUGGGUUGUGAAGAACCCUAAUAUUAUACCUUACGUACAAUACGUGCAGAAGUUGUGCAAAAGAUUUCGUAAGAUCGAGUUCAGACAUACUCCCAAAAUACAGAAUGAAUUGGACGAUGCAGAUUAUAUUGAUUCUUUGGAUAUAGAAUUGAAAGAACACCCACUACAUUGUUCCCAUGUUGAAGCAAAACCGGACGGUUUGCCUUGGUAUUUUGACAUAAAGAAGUAUUUGGAGUCUGGAACAUAUCCUGAAAAUGCUAAGUCCAACCAAAAGAAGUUGAUACGCCAUAUGGCUCUCAAUUUCUUUUUGAGUGGGGAAAUACUGUAUAGGAGGACUCCAGAUUUGGGUUUUCUAAGAUGCGUUGAUCCCGUCGAAGCUGUGAGGCUUAUUGAAUAG